CCCGUGUCAUUUCAAUGAUUAAAAUAAACUAAGGGAUAUGUUAACUAGUAACAACUAAAAAGAAAAAAAGAAACAUAAUAACAAACAUGGAGGUGAAAGACACCAGAACAAUUUCAGUGAUAUUAUUUGUGGCCUUAUUCUGUGGAUGUAAUUCGAGCGUUCUUUCUGGUUUGGCUGGGUUUGGAUUCUCACCUCUUGAAUAUGAUGUUUGCAGAGGUAAACAUUCAGAUACCCGCACGUGCUACGUUACUCAAGUGACUAACGUCUCGUGUUUUAACGCGAGGAUUGCAUUUGAUGCGUGCAAGAGGCAGGCGCAAACUUUCAAUUCUAAUAAGAGUGACGUUAAUGAAGCACGCAGGUAUUCUAACUGGACACACCUACAGGCAUAUUACCAUAGAAACGACGGAGAAAGACAUCGCCCAGGAAAAAUAGGAUCGUGUGUGGAGUUAAAACCAGGUGUUUGUAUACAGUCACGGUGUUUGAAAACAUGUUGCAAGGGUUGGUUUGAAGACGAAAAUGGCCAGUGUACUAAAUCCAGCUUCGGGAGGUGUCAGAAUGGGGGCACUUAUAACUGGAGACACAAAAACUGUGCUUGUUUAUUCGGAUUUUCGGGACAACAAUGUGAAAUAGCUCUGUGCCCUGGAGGAUGCCUUAACGGUGGUCAGUGCACACCUGGAGCUAACGGUGAAAAUGUGUGUACAUGUCCGGCGGGAAUUUACGGAGAUAAUUGUCAGAAAAUUCGUUGCCGGUAUAAGUGUGAAAAUGGCGGACAGUGUAUCUUGGAUGGUCCAAUACCAACAUGCAAAUGUCCAUAUGGAUACUACGGAAGAACUUGUGCCCAUUCGUACACUGGCGAUUCUACUUGUCCACCACCUAAUAAUACCGUAUGUGUCAAUCUUAACUGUCAAGAUGAAUGCUACGCUGGGACAUGCACAUCCGGUCACGUGUGCUGCACUGAUGGCUGCUGUAUGAAAUGUGUAAAACCCAGAUCACCAGGGUGCUUGUUCAAUGGCAUUUUGUAUGAACAUCUAGAUAUUUUCAGAAAAGAUAAAUGCACGGUGUGUAAGUGUUAUCAAAACGGAACAACCAAAUGUUAUAAGAAUCCUGUGUCAGAUUCGGAUUUGUACUGUGGUGAAGGAAACACAUCGCAGCCGACUCAACAUCAACCGCCCAAAUUAAACUGCAGUGCUGAUGUCAUUCAAGUUCCGGUCUACAGGUUUUCAAAGUUCGCCUACAUGAGGACAUUGCAUAUACAAGCAAAAGAUGAAAAUGGUACAUCACUAAAGGUUACGUAUUACCCGGCGUUUAUAAUCCUUGAUAAAAUUCCGUUAUCAAGAAGAAACAUCGAACUUGUUAAAGUUGUCACCCAGGACAGUUUGGGUCACACAAACGAGUGCUAUCAACGAGUCGUCGUCGUUGACGAUACUCAUCCCAUGUUUGUGUAUUGUCCAACGGAUUCGGAAGUGAAAGUAGAUUACCGUGCCACACUGACGUCAGUCCAACCAAGAGCACGUGACAAUGUUGGUAUACAACACCUAUAUUGUUACCCCUCGGAUCAAACACUUCCACCUGGUCUCCAUAUAAUCUCCUGUACAGCCGUCGACUAUGACGGUAACCAAGCGUUCUGUCAAACAAUAAUCAAUGUAACCAGGACAGAACCUACAGUUGAUUCGGAGCCAAUAUUUUUAUCAUGCCCUAGUGAUAUAUAUGUUUCCGAGGGUGAGCUGGUGUCCUGGAGGAAGCCAGUGGCGUACGCUCACAGUGGUAUCCGGUUUCUUGUUAGCAACUAUGACCCGUAUACGGUGUUUCCGGUAGGAUGGUCAACUGUGCAGUAUACAGCUACCGACUACAACAACAACAAAGGCCACUGCACCUUCAACAUAUACGUCUCCAGAAAAGACGGUGGCAGUACUACCGAGUCUCAUAUGACAAAUACUAUCCGAAUUACUGACGAUACGGAGCCAAUAUUUUUAUCAUGCCCUAGUGAUAUACGUGUUUCCGAGGGUGAGCUGGUAUCCUGGAGGGAGCCAAUGGCGUACGAUCACAGUGGUAUCCGGUUUCUUGUUAGCAACUAUGACUCGUAUACGGUGUUUCCGGUAGGAUGGACAACUGUGCAGUAUACAGCUACCGACUACAACAACAACAAAGGCUAUUGCACCUUCAGCAUAUACGUCUCCGAAAAAGAUACAUACUCUCAAGACAGUGACAGUACUACCGAGUCUCAUAUGACAAAUACUAUCCGAAUUACUGUAGCCUGUGUGUCGUGUCUGGUGGUGAUUCUUGUCGUAAUUCUCGUAACGGUCAUGCUGUACAGACGGUUCCGCACAAAACCAUGUCAAAGUUCAAGGUCGCGUAGGUCUGGCAACAACAGAGGUCAAAUUCCUAUUCAGACUAUAAGUAACGCUUUGUAUGAGAGCACUGCUUUAGGUUUAGAUGGACGUCCAAUAGUGCCGACACUAAAACCACCACCAUACAGUCCUGCAAUUGAUCCACCAACGUAUGACGAAGUUUACGUAAAUCCCUGCAUACAGCAUGAUGGAAGUGACGAAACUGAAACUCCUCUCGAACGACCACCUGCUUAUGAUGUUGUGACGUAAACAGAUUCUACAUGUUUCGAGUUUUAUUUGUAUCUCAGAAAGACUGUUAUAGAUCUACGUUGAUAAAUGAUCUACUGUCUAUGUUAAAUAAUGCGUCCAUUAUUCGUUUAUUUUGCAUGUCAUGACAAUAAUUAUAUAUAGCAUGUUAAUGUCAUAUCGUUAGCUGCCGAAAUACGGCAUACUUCGCUUGUUUCCGUAAUAGUCAAGCGCCCAUGGAAUUGAUUAUAAGUACGGAAAGGAGCAAAGAAAGCCGAACACAUACGAGUGAUGAACUCAAUGAUUAAAUCUUGUUAUCAAUCCGUUUUUUUGUCAUUGCAACAUGCCUUCCAUUUAUUCUUUUUUCUCAUUAUUCAUUCUUUAACUUUCACAGAAACGUUACAAUCUACUAAUGCUUGUACAAAUAAAUCAUUAUCGCUAUUACUUUUAGUGUUCAUUCUAUCCAAACAAGAUCAAGCUUUAAUAAUUUGUUAAUUUUAACCGUUAAUCUUCAGGAAACGAGAAUGACCAGGCUUUGUCACGUAUAUAGAGCCAGGCCAGCCUGCACAUCCCUUCAGUCUAGCCAGGCUCUAUACUGUUGACAUCUCAAAAUGGACAAUUCCAAAUUUAAAGCAGCAUGCCUCAAGAUUCAUGCUUAUGUUCAUAAAAAAUUGAGCUUUUUUGAUGUAUUCAAAAGUAAAAUACUGUGAAGGAAAUUUACACAUUGCAAACGGCACUAACAAUCCAUAAAAAUGGAGGUCAAUAUAUGCUCGUAGCCCUUAUUGCGUUACUCACGCAGUAGAAAUAUUGUGACAUUUACUGCAAAGUCAGCCAUUAAUCGCAUAUAACAUGUAAAUUUUACUUGAAACUUGAAUCUUUUUCCUUUUCAUGAAAUAUUUGUGCAUUUUCUCAAGUUUGAUUUUCCUGAAAAUAUUUGGCUCAUUUUGAGGCAUGCAGCUUUAAAGUGGAAGCUGGAAAUGUCUAGUUAUAAUAUCCAGCAGUUUAAGAGGGUAUUGACUGUUUUAUAAUUUCUAAAAAUUCAUUUUUACAUUAUUUCUUAAAAAAAACAUAGUAAUGUUGUUUCUUAGCGAUGUUUCAGAUAUAAAGAAAAUAAUCAGUAAAUAAUAUAUAAAUCAUCCCAGAAACGAAUAUAUUCAUUUGGAAAAAAACAAAGCACUUUUUUGUUGUUGUUUGGUUGUUUUUUGAAAACUUCUGUCUGUUAUGUCUAUUUUGUUUGUAUGUAUUUUUUGUGUAUUUUGCUAUCAGAUUUAAUAAAGCUGUUCUCUAUUCUA